UUAUUUUAGACAUGUAAUUUCAAUGGUUAAUUAUCGAAACUGUAUUAUCAUAUUAUAAAACUAUAUUUCGCUUCGAGUUUCCGAUCAAGUGGCAGCACUAUCGAAAAGAGUAAGAGAAAUUUGGAUUUGCGUUUGUAAACGACAGUAAAUGUCGUAUAUUUUGUGAUAAAAUUAGGAGAAAGUAGUGACAAAUGUUCUUAUAAGAGAAAUAAUUAAGUUCACAACGGUAUUUUCUUCUGGUGUUAAGUACCAUCGUCAAUCAUGGUUCGAAGUAGUGACAAGGAUAGGCAUCAUAGAAGACGAUCGAGAUCACGUUCAAGAUCUCGUUCUGCUACUCCGGAAAAAAAACGACGACGAUCCAGGAGUAGAGAUAGGGAUAGGGAACGUGAUAAGGGACGACACAGGGAAAGAAGGAGUCGUUCUAGAGAUCGAGAUAGGGAUAGAAGAGAUCGUUCCGAAAGGGAUAGAGAUCGCGAUAGAAAACGUGGAGACAGUAAAGAAAAGCGUCUUACAGGCUCAAAGUCUUCGCGUUCAGGCAAAGAUCGGUCGAAUAGAUCAAGAUCAAGAGAGCGAAAGGAGAAAGAGAAGGGUGAUAGCGAUGAGUUGCCGUUUGAUCACACUAAGUUGGACAAAGAAGAAGAGCAGAAAAGAUUAGAACUGGAGAUGCAAAAGAGGAGAGAAAGAAUAGAGAGGUGGCGCGCGGAAAGGAAAAAGAAAGAAUUGGAGGCAACUAAGAAAGACGGUAAGGCAUCCAUUUUAGCAAAUCUACAGUUGCCUAUGAAAAAGUGGUCCCUCGAGGAUGACAGUGAUGAAGAGACACCUGUUGUUCAAAAUAGUAACAAGGAAGUCAAAGAAGAUGGAGAAACAAAAGAAGAAGUGGAAGAAGUUAAGGAAGAAGCUAAAGAUGAUGAGGAAGAAGUUGAUCCUCUUGAUGCCUUUAUGGCAGAGGUUCAGGAAGAAGUUCGAAAAGUGAAUAAACUCGAUAAUAAAGGCGGGAAAAAUGCUAAUAACGGUACAGGUACAGGAGGUACACAAAGUGGCGGAGUUGUGAUCGUUACUGGAGUUGCUAAAAAGAAAGUGCAAAAACAGAAAGGAGAAUUAAUCGAGCAGAAUCAAGAUGGUCUUGAAUAUUCUAGCGAAGAAGAAGGAGAAAAUCUUCAUGAAACUGCAGCUGGAAUUGCGAAUAAACAAAAGCGCGAACUAGCCAAAGUUGAUCACGCAACAACAGAAUAUCAGCCAUUCAGAAAAUCGUUUUACGUUGAAGUACCUGAAAUCGCACGAAUGACACCGGAAGAAGUAGAAGCAUACAAAGAAGAAUUAGAAGGUAUUCGAGUGAAAGGCAAAGGUUGUCCAAAACCUAUUAAGUCAUGGGCACAAUGCGGUGUUACGAAAAAGGAGUUAGAGGUGCUGAAGAAACUUGGUUAUGAAAAACCAACUCCUAUUCAAUGCCAAGCUAUUCCAGCGAUUAUGUCUGGUCGUGAUUUGAUAGGAAUAGCAAAGACAGGUAGUGGAAAAACUUUAGCAUUUUUGUUGCCAAUGUUCAGGCAUAUUCUCGAUCAACCACCAUUAGCGGAUGGUGAUGGCCCGAUCGCGCUAAUCAUGACACCGACCAGAGAAUUAUGCAUGCAAAUCGGACGAGAUUCGAAAAAAUUCACAAAAUCUUUGGGGCUGUCUCACGUUUGCGUUUACGGGGGAACUGGUAUAUCGGAACAGAUAGCGGAAUUGAAGAGAGGUGCUGAAAUAAUUGUUUGUACGCCAGGGAGAAUGAUAGACAUGUUGGCCGCUAACAGUGGAAGAGUAACAAAUUUACGUAGAGUAACAUACGUAGUUCUUGACGAAGCGGAUAGAAUGUUUGAUAUGGGUUUCGAGCCUCAAGUAAUGCGAAUCAUGGAAAAUGUUCGACCCGAUCGACAAACUGUACUCUUCAGCGCAACAUUCCCUCGUCAAAUGGAAGCAUUAGCGAGAAGAAUUCUGACCAGACCCGUAGAAGUUCAAGUGGGUGGAAGAUCUAUCGUUUGUAAAGAUGUUGAACAACACGUGGUAGUUCUUGAAGAAGAUCAAAAGUUUUACAAAUUGCUUGAAAUUCUUGGCCAUUAUCAAGACAAAGGUUCCGCGAUAAUAUUUGUCGAUAAACAAGAAAAUGCAGACACUUUAUUGAAGGAUCUUAUGAAAGCGUCUUACUCCUGUAUGUCGCUUCACGGUGGUAUUGAUCAGUGCGAUAGGGAUUCAACGAUAUUAGAUUUCAAAGCUGGUAGAACGAAGCUAUUAGUUGCCACGUCAGUCGCUGCUAGAGGUUUAGAUGUAAAACAUCUCAUACUUGUGGUAAAUUACGAUUGUCCGAAUCAUUAUGAAGAUUAUGUACACAGAUGUGGAAGAACAGGAAGAGCUGGAAAUAAAGGGUAAAUUUCUAUUCUAUCUAUUUAAAGAGAAUAUAUCGUUGUUAACGAAAUACAAU